AUACAUAGAAAGUAGGCCUAUUGACUAUUUGUUCACGGGAAUGUCAUUCGGAGUUACCUCCCUUCCAUGUAGCUCUUUUGACAAUAGAAUUCGACGGUGCAUCCACGAGUUCGGGUUUAGGACAACACUGAUCAUUGCACCUUCAACUUACUGACAUGAGAGGGAAACAGUCAAAAAAACUUUUUAUACAAAUAUUGUGAUAACGUAGCGUCAUUAGGGUAAGACAGUCGAGCAAGUUGAUGUGUUGUCGAGACAGUGUCUGACAGUUGUCAGAGUUGUUAUAUAACCAAAGUAAGCUGCACAUGAGCCGGUUUUUCAAAGUAAACUUAACUUAUAGGAUAUAACAAAGCUACCUACUCGGGAAUUGACGAAAAAUGGAAACAGAAGAUUAUGAAAAAUACAAAAAGUGUUCAGAAAUGGUUGAGGAAUGUAUGAAAGAAGAUAGGCUGCUAAGCUUGUUAGUUGAUGAACUGCAGAAAAACAAAUGCACAAUAAAGGAUAAGGAUAGCCUUUUAUCUUUUAGAUGUGGAAAUCCCAGAUCUCAACAAUUCCAAAAUAGGCCAACAAAGACUGUCAUUGGCCUGGAAACUGAACAGGAUGAAAAGAAGACAUUUUGCACUUCAUUACGCCAUGAAUUGUUACAUAGUUAUGACAACUGCAAAAGUAGCCUAAAUCCUUUGUACCCGACUCAUAUGACAUGUACUGAGAUACAUUCUUAUGACCUUUUUAGUUGCGACCAGGAGGAAGUUAAGAGGCUUGCUCCGGUAUUUGAUAAAAAUGUUAGCAGGAAAGAGCAAGCAAGAGCACGUAUCCCAGAGGAACUCCACCAGAAUUGUGUAUGGCAGCUAACUUUGAAAUCUUUGAUGAAAAAUUAUGACUACUCUCGAGAGAAAAGCACAAAGUCAUUGGAGAUCGUUUGGAACAGGUGUUACAAUAACCUGGAGCCUUUUGGAGAACGACAAAGACUUGGGCCAGUUGACAAAGAAUAACAAUUUUGUGAAGGCAAAUAUUAUGGACUGAUUUCCACACAACUUAUUGACUUGUAUUUUUUUCUGUGAUUAAUGAUAUCUAAUGAAUCGGUGUGCAGUUUGAGACAGUUUGAGAAUUACCAAGCUGACUAAUUUGUAUAAAGAUGUGCCACUCUG